AUGAAGGCCGCUUUGUUCAUCGCAGUGCUCGUCGCACUCAUUGCUUUUGCCCGUGCCCAGGGUGGCCCACCCCCCUGCCAGAAGUACAAAAUCCAGAUGUUUGGAGGCCAACACGGAUUGGAGCAGUACCCCUACAACAGGGAGCUGUCCAACGUGAAGGACCUGCAGGGCGUGCGCGCCAUGAUCACCCUCUUCGAUGAGGAGGGCAUGGAAGAGGGCAUCAUCUACUUCGUCAACGACGAGUACCUCCGCUCCGUCCCCGUGAACGAGUACCCCGCCCUACCUGGCAAGGUGCAGAUCUCGGCUCAGCCCUACAGCCAGUUCAACAACGUUCUGAGCACUGUGGCGAGCUGCGUUGCCAGAGUCACUGUGGAGUUCAAGCCCGAGUGCACGGAGUCGCAGAAGGGCGUCACCGUCGUCAACUUCGCCAACUAA